AUGUCUCCUAAUAACAAACGUAUAAAAAAUCCAAAAGAUUACUUAAGUCAAACUGCUCCCAACAAGUGGAAUACAAUCGAUUUACUUCAGCUAUAUUGUAGUAAUCAAGAUGAAUCAAUCUCUGAAACAUUUAACAAAUUGAAGAGAGAAGUGAAUAAAGUGGGUACUAUUAGAAAAUCAUAUGGAAAUGCAGCUGGACAAAACUCACCACCACCGCAACAAAAUCAAUCACAACAACAUGGCAAUAAUGGAGAAUCAUCAAAUGUGUUAAAUAACUUUGGAAAAAUCGCGUCUGUUACUAACAUUGUUAAUCAAGGAAAUGCAAGAAGAGAUACAUUUUUUUUUCCUGCAUUGGCACCUUCUAAACCAAGACAUCAACCUCGGGUAUCACCAUCAGAUAUCGAACUUUUAAAAGCAGUAUAUGUUGUCAAAAUAGAUGAUGAAACAUAUAGCAAUAUCUCACAAGAGACAGUAGACGAAUAUACCUUAAAUAUGGAAGAACAAGCAUCAAAUCAUUGUAUUAUGACACUUCCAAAUGUAGUAGCUUUCUUGAAAAAAUCACUCGAUCAAGAUUUAGAUGAUUUACCAAAAUAUGUGUGGAACCAUGGAUAUGACCCCAACUUGAAUGAUGAAGAAAAAACAAUGAUUAAGUUAAUCAGAUUUAUUCUGACAGAUUAUGUCUCCAAUUGCGAAAAAAAAAAUCAAUGCUUGCUUGUACCAAACAAUGAGUAA